AUGAAGCUCUCCAGUGUCGCGCCUCUUGCGCUGGCUCUUGCAGCCACCACGCAGGCCUCCUACAUCAACUAUACCACCGUCACUGGUUAUUUCCUGCAGGAUGAGGAGUCCACCGAUGCGUCCACGUUUGACUUCACCACCACCAACUUCGGACUCAUCAACCGGACAUAUCCUGCCGACAAGAAACACCACCACAAUGACCUCACCCAAUGGGAACGCUUCUACCGCCAAGUUGUCGAGCUGAACCACCAAGCCCCAUCCAAUGUCGACUACAAAGUGCUCUUCUUAGGCCGCCACGGCGAAGGCUGGCACAACGCCGCCCAAGAUUACUACGGCACACCCGCAUGGAAC